CCGUUCUGUAUAUUAAGAAUAAACCUCUAAAAAUGUUAAUGUUAUUGUUUCUUUUCUUUGGAUGGCAACAAAUUAAUUAAAUAUGAUUAUUCCUUAAAAAUUCGCUAAUGUUAUUGAAAUUUAAGAAGCGUUAUUAAAAAUAUUGAUAACAGAAAAGUCAAAUAGCUGUUUACAUGAUUGAAUCCAAUCCAUCUCUGUCAUGGGCAACAUAAACACGGACUAAAAUAUUAAAAUCACGCCCCAAUAUUGGUUUACGUUACGAUCUUCCACUUAGCCAAGAAAUUGGAUUAGAACAGUUUGUCAGUUAAGGUACCAGCGACAAAAUUCAUCAACGGUUAUGUUCAAAAAUGAGAAUGAUGUUAUCACAUAUUUGCGAAAAAAAUGUUAUAAUCGGUGUAAGGAACAAGAAAUACUACAAUAUGACACGUGCGACACCAUCUUCGAAGAAUUACUGUGCUGGCCAACCACAAAAGCUGGCAGCUUUGCCACACAAAACUGUUCGGGAGAUUUUUUAAAAUCCACGCUUAAGGGAACAGUCGAAAGACAAUGUACCGAAAAUGGUACCUGGUCGCCAAUAGAGGAGCCUAUCAACUACACAUGCGGAACAUUUUUUAUUAAUUUUACACAAGAAGACCUACCAGAAGUUAGCUUGUACAAAAUUUGGUUGCCAAUAAUGAAAGAUAUUUCAUAUUGUGGGUACUCACUAUCUAUAAUAUCAUUGAUUUUAUCAAUCUCCAUACUUGUAAAUAUAAAGAGAUUACAUUGUUCAAGAAACAAACUACAUAUUAAUUUAUUUGUGUCCUUUAUCUUGAGAUCACUUAUGUCUAUUUUAAAAGAUUGUACAUUCAUAAGAGGUACAGCUUUUGCACAUGAUACAGUCUAUGAUAUUAAUGGUGAACCAAGCUUUCCUUUAGAUCUUAACUAUUCAUGGAUUUGCAAAGCCUUUAUAAGCAUUCGAUAUUAUGUAAUUUUAUCAAACUUUAUGCUUAUGCUUAUGGAAGGAAUGUACCUGCACAAUUUAAUGUUCCUAAAACUGUUUUCUGAUCAUCAUGGUGUUGUUAUAUACUGCGUAUUAGGAUGGGGAUUACCAUUGAUAUUUGUAAUUCCAUGGAUUAUUCUUAGAGUAUUAUUUGAAAACGUAUUGUGUUGGACAACAAAGAAAAAUAGUUAUAUAGCUUUAUUUAUUGAUAUACCCAUUGGUAUUACAGUUGUGAUAAAUUUUAUUUUAUUUCUUACUAUUGUAAGAGUUCUCAGAGUUAAGUUAAACAAUGCCUGCUUUCAACAAAAGAAAAUUAAAUAUGGUAAACUAUUGAAGGCCACAAUGAUAUUGAUUCCACUUUUUGGAGUUCCUUACGCAUUUUCUUUGCUAAUGUCAAUCUAUGUUAAGAAAAGCGUUGUGUUAGAAUUAAUUUUUUUAUUCUUCGACCAAUCAUUUGCUGCUUUUCAGGGCCUUUUUGCUGCUCUCGUUUAUUGUCUGUUCAAUAGUGAGGUCCAGAUGGAAUUAAGAAGAAAAUAUGUUUUGAUGAAAGUCAAAAACGACAAAGAAUUUAGAAGGAGUAGGACCAUUUCUAACACCCAACAAGUUUCUUUCCAAAUGAACGAUGACUUUCCUUCAGAAACUAUUUGUAUGACAACCAAGGGAAACAACAAUCCCGAAAUUAUUGUGGAUAAGGAGCACCAGUGUUAUUUUUGACGAAAUCAAUGUGAUAAUUUUAAACAG